AUGCUUCUUGGAGCUUUGUGUAUCCACGGGGAGGCAAUAACACGAGAGGAGAAACGCAAGUUGAAAGACCAAGUGGUGGAGAUGUUUGACCAUGCAUAUCAGAAUUAUAUGGACCAUGCAUAUCCGGCCGAUGAACUAAUGCCAUUGACAUGCAGAGGCAGAGUGCGAGGACUUGAGCCUAGUCGUGGAGAUGUUGAUGAUGCUUUGGGAAUGUUCUCUCUGACGCUUAUUGAUACGCUGGACACUCUGGUGCUUUUAAACAAAACUACAGAAUUUGAAGCUGCAGUUAAAAAAGUCUUGUCGGAUGUGAAGCUGGACAAUGACAUAGUGGUUUCAGUAUUUGAAACCAAUAUUCGUGUUCUUGGUGGUCUCUUAGGCGGUCACUCUAUGGCUGUCAUGCUGAAAAAUCAAGGCCAGAUCAUGCACUGGUAUCAAGAUGAGCUUUUGCAUAUGGCCAAAGAUGUGGGCUUAAGACUUCUACCAGCCUUUAACACCAGCAGUGGCCUGCCUUAUCCUCGAGUGAACCUUAAGUACGGAGUGAGGGGCCCUGAGACGAGAACAGGAACCGAGACAGACACCUGUACUGCUUGUGCCGGCACUAUGAUUCUGGAGUUUGCUGCAUUAAGUCGAUACACUGGAGAUCCAGUUUUUGAGGCACAUGCACGGAAAGCCUUAGACUUUCUCUGGGAAAAGAGGCAAAGAAACAGCAAUCUUGUUGGAACUACAAUUAACAUCCACUCAGGGGAGUGGGUCCGUAGAGACAGUGGAGUAGGAGCCGGAAUAGACUCGUACUAUGAAUACCUACUGAAAGCUUACGUCCUUCUGGGAGAUGACCAGUUCCUUCAGCGUUUCAAUAUUCACUAUGCCUCCAUAAUGAAGUACAUCAGCCAGCCUCCGCUACUGCUGGACGUCCACAUCCACAAGCCCCUGCUCCCGGCUCGCACAUGGAUGGACUCUUUGCUUGCCUUCUUCCCUGGUCUUCAGGUGCUCAAAGGAGAUAUUCGGCCCGCUAUUGAGACGCAUGAAAUGUUAUAUCAAGUUACCAAAAAACACAACUUUUUGCCAGAGGCUUUUACAACUGAUUUUAGAGUACACUGGGCCCAGCAUCCUUUGAGGCCAGAGUUUGCAGAAAGCACUUAUUUCCUGUACAAGGCGACUGCUGACCCAUAUUACCUGGAGGCGGGGCGCACAAUUCUGGACAAUCUGAAUCGGUAUGCGCGUGUCCCAUGUGGCUUUGCUGCGAUGAAGGACGUACGCACUGGGAGCCACGAGGACAGAAUGGACUCUUUCUUCCUCGCCGAGAUGUUCAAAUACCUCUUCCUGCUUUUUGCUGAGGCAGAAGAUGUGCCGUUUGAUGUGGAGGACUACAUUUUUACUACAGAGGCCCACUUUCUCCCUUUGUCCCUCUCCACUGCUCCCCACUCCUCAUCCUUCAUCACUUUAAAUACAACAACGGAAGAAGAAUUGGACGACUCAAACUUUGACUGGACAUGUCCCAACACUCGGCUCCUCUUUCCUGAUCCAGCUUUCCCUCGAAAUAUUAGAGAGCCCAUCCGCAGUGCUGUAGACAAGAGCUGUCCACGACCGGCUCCUUAUAGAGAGCCCGGUAUAGGCCAUCCUCCUCUGAGAGCUCAAGAUUUUAUGGCAAACAACCCGGAACAUUUGGAGCUCCUCAGACGAAUGGGCGUCAGUCUGAUCCACCUGAAGGACGGCCGCGUGCAGUUGGUCCAGCACGCCACACAGGCUGUGAGUGCAGUAGCGGCCGAGGAUGGAGUUCGCUUUAUGCAGGAGAUGAUGGAGCUGUCCAGUCAGCAGCAGAAAGAGCAGCUUCCCCCCAGAGCCAUUCAGAUUGUCUCCCAUCCGUUCUCUGGCAGAGUGGUGCUGACAGCAGGCCCUGCACAGUUUGGCACAGACCUGUCAAAGAGCAUCACAGGGGUGAGAGGCUUUGUGACGGUAGCGGAGCCGUACAGCGGCUGUAGUGACGUCACCAACGCGGAGUACGUCCAGGGCCACAUUGCGCUGCUGCAGCGGGGCCAGUGCAUGUUCGCAGAGAAGGCCCGGAACAUUCAGAAAGCUGGGGCCAUCGGGGGCAUUGUCAUCGAUGACAAUGAGGGCAGUAGCAGUGACACAGCUCCCCUCUUCCAGAUGGCUGGAGAUGGACGCAGCACGGAAGACGUCACCUUACCCCUGCUGUUCCUCUUCCACAAAGAGGGAAAUAUCCUGCUGGAGGCUCUGAAGGAGCAUCGAGAGGUGGAGGUGCUGCUGAGUGACAAGGCUCGUGACCGAGAAACUAUAUUUAAAGAUAAACCUCCUGGCAGCUUGAUUGAGAACAGAGCGGAUAUGCAAACAGAGGGCCGUGUAACUGAUGCAACAACUGAAACCUCUGAGCCUCUGGACCUACCCGACAUUCCCACGACAGAACCAGAGAAACCUGCUCCUCAGGUUGUGACUUCACCGGAGGAGGCUGCUGGGGCCGAUGAAGGAACCAGCCCUGCCCUGGAGGAUGACCAUUCGGCAGACUCUUCUGUAGAUUCACAUUUGACUCAAGCUAAAGAGGAGACUGACUCUGAGCCAAAGCCGGAGCACGAGGAGCGGACAGAAAGCAGGCGCUCGGUGGAGUCUCUGCUGGCAGACUGGCAGGACGACUUGGAGGCAUUCCAGCAGAUGGAGAGGGAUGAACUCUGA